UCUGAGCCGAUCGAGAAGGCCUUCUCCCACCUGCCCACCCACCCUCCCAGACCGUCGCCUCUCUCUCUCUAUCUCUUCUCCCGCCGUGCGGCCGUCCAUCGACUCCCCCUCGCCGUCCGAACUCACUGAGUCCUUAACUCUCAUCGAGUCAUCGCCGUGCCUCUGCCCAUCGAGUCAUCGACGUCAGUCCCAUCACCGUGGUCCCCAUGGCUGAAGAAUCAGGUAUGUUUAUGGUUCCCCAAACAGUCGGAAGCGUUCUUUGUUGUAGAUGCGGCAUUCCAAUGGCACCAAAUGCUGCCAAUAUGUGUGUGAAGUGUCUGCGCUCCGAAGUCGACAUCACGGAAGGUCUUCAGAAGCAUGUAAUCAUAAUUCAUUGCCCUGAGUGCGACACCUACUUGCAGCCACCGAGAACAUGGCUCAAAGCCCAAUUGGAAUCGAAGGAACUGUUGACAUUCUGCGUAAAGAGGCUGAAGAAUUUGAAUAAAGUAAGAUUGGUGCAUGCAGAGUUCAUUUGGACCGAACCCCAUUCCAAGAGGAUCAAGGUCAGAUUGAAAGUUCAGAAAGAGGUUCUUAAUGGAGCAAUACUUGAACAAUCGUAUGUGGUCGAGUAUGUUCAGCAAGAACAUAUGUGUGAAUCCUGUUCAAGGAUUCAGGCCAAUCCAGACCAGUGGGUUGCAGCUGUGCAACUGCGCCAACAUGUUUCUCACAGGCGUACUUUCUUUUACUUGGAGCAGCUGAUUCUGAAGCACAAUGCUGCUGCCUCUGCCAUAAAGAUCAAGCAGAUGGAUCAAGGGAUCGACUUCUUUUUCUCAAACCGGAGUCAUGGUGUGAAGUUUGUGGAGUUUGUUGGUAAAGUUGCUCCAGUUAGGAGUCGCAAUGACAAACAGCUUGUUUCCCAUGAUACUAAGAGCAAUAACUACAAUUACAAGUACACUUUCUCUGUUGAAAUCUGCCCGAUAUGUCGUGAGGAUUUGAUCUGUUUGCCUCCAAAGGUCGCUGCUAGUUUGGGAAAUCUAGGUCCUCUUGUGAUUUGCACCAAAGUCACCAACAGCAUUGCUUUGCUUGAUCCUUUCACCUUGAGGAUCUGUUUCUUGGAUGCUGAUCAGUAUUGGAGGGUGCCAUUCAAAUCUCUAUCCACUAGCAGGCAGCUAGUGGAGUAUAUAGUGUUAGAUGUGGAGAUUGUUUCUUCUGAAGUUAACGUUGGUGGCUCCAAGUAUUUCUUAGCUGAUGCACAAGUGGCCCGUUUAUCAGAUUUUGGGAAAAAUGAUACAAUUUUCUCCAUCAGAACACAUCUGGGCCAUCUUUUGAACCCUGGGGAUUAUGCUCUUGGUUACGACUUAUAUGGAGCUAACAGUAAUGAUGGUGAGCUAGAGAAGCACAAAGGUCUGAUCCUCCCAGAGGCAAUUCUGAUAAAGAAGAGCUACGAAGAGAAGCGCCAGAAGAAGCGCGGGAAGCCUCGUGCAUGGAAGCUUAAAUCCCUUGACAUGGAAGUUGAUGAUAGGAAGGGUAGAGCUGAGCAAGAGAAGAUGAACACUGAGUAUGAACAGUUCUUGAAAGAUCUGGAGGAGAACCCUGAAAUGAGGUUCAAUGUAUCAUUGUACCGUAAUAGAGAUUACCAGCCAUCAGAGAUGACAUCUGUGGCUGAUGGAGAUGACUUGCCUUCUGUUCCACUGGAAGAGUUGCUUGCUGAUCUCGAACUAAGUGAAGAGGAGGAAGUUGCGAGUGAUAGCAUGAUGGAGUGAUGGGAAGCUUUUGUUCUUAAAACGUAUUUUCCUUACCCAGAACUUCUAUCGUACAAGUAAAUAGAUUAUAUUUUUGCAAAAGAUGGCCGUUAUGUUUUAAUGUUGUAAGUUGAGUUAGUCCUGAUAGUCGUGUUUUUGGAUGGUUGGAUGUGAUGGAAGUAUGAAUGCAAUAAUUUCAAUGAAAUAAACCAUACAAAUUGGCUCUUUA